UUUAAACCACAUUGUCCGUGGUAAAAAAAAUAUAGGCGUGUCCAUCCUGUCAAGAUGCCCCGCCCCCUUCUGCGAUGCACCAAUCAGAGCGCUCAGCGGCCAGGGACAGGCUCUCCAAGGCUCUGGACAGAGAGGACAUAAAAGGUGCGUGAUGUUUCUCUUUCUCUUUCUGUCAAGUUCAAAGUCUGCCAUGGAGAGUUGGAAUGACUUCGUGAACGCCCGGACGCUGACUUUUCACAUUUGUAGCAGCUGACUUCUAGUCGUAGAUGCCAUAUAGUGAGUCGCAUUGACAGCGAUCCAAACAGGUCACGUGGUUGCUGGACGGGGAUGAAGUGAGUCAACAUGAACGCCGCACGCAGGAGGAGAAAACCUGCUCAGAAAGGAGCCAAACUGACACCGAACGAAGGGACCAAGUCCAACCCAUCCAAACGUCACCGUGACCGCCUGAACUUGGAGCUGGACAGGCUUGCCAGGUUGCUGCCUUUCCCCGAGGAUGUCGUCUCCAGCCUGGACAAACUGUCCAUCUUAAGGCUCAGUGUCAGCUACCUCCGCACCAAGAGCUUUUUCUCAGUGGCAUCCAAAAGAUAUCCGUCCAAUGGUGUAAGUGAGAGUACGGACCACCAUGACGAAGAGGUGCUGGAACAGACAACAAGCUGCAUGUCUGAAGGGGAACUGCUUCUUCAGGCUUUGAGUGGGUUUGUCCUCGUGAUCACGUCUGAGGGAAUCAUCUUUUACUGUUCUCAAAGCAUCCAGGAUUACCUUGGUUUUCAUCAGACGGAUGUGAUGCACCAGAAUGUGUUUGAGCUGAUCCACACAGAAGACCAGCAAGAGUUCAGACAGAAUCUGCACUGGGCGCACGACCCACCCAGCACUGGAUCCCCUUUGGAUGCUGUGGCAGAUGAUGAGCCGACUUCUUCCUGCUUGGUGAGCUUCAACUCCGAUGAGCUUCCACCCGAAAACUCCUCCGUCUUGGAGAGAAGCUUUGUCUGUCGCUUCCGCUGCCUACUGGACAAUUCCACCGGGUUCUUGUCCUUGAGCAUCCAGGGUCGGCUGAAAUUCCUCCGUGGUCAGAGCCACCUGCAGUACGGCAGAGAGCGCACCCCGCUACAGCUGGCUUUGUUCGCCAUUGCCACUCCCCUGCAGCCCCCAGCCAUCCUGGAAAUCCGAACAAAGAACAUGAUCUUCAGGACUAAACACAAGCUGGACUUCACUCCUAUGGCCUGCGACGCAAAGGGGAAAAUUGUACUUGGCUACACUGAAGCAGAGCUGCGUGUUCGAGGCUCGGGCUACCAGUUCAUCCAUGCUGCUGACAUGUUGUACUGUGCCGAGAACCACGUCAGAAUGAUAAAGACUGGGGAGAGCGGCCUCACCGUCUUCCGGUUGCUUACCAAGGACAACAGGUGGAAGUGGGUCCAAGCCAACGCCCGGCUUGUCUAUAAGAAUGGCAAACCAGACUACAUUGUCGCUACACAGAGGCCCCUGGUAGAAGAAGAAGGAGGAGAACAUCUGAGGAAACGGUCCAUGCAAAUUCCUUUCAACUUUGCUACAGGGGAGGCACUUCUCUACCAGACUAGUUACCCUCUCUGUGGCUUUCCAGAACCGGGCCAGGGCAAAGGCAACAAGUCUAAAACGGAGAAAACGGACAAAAAGUGUUCAGAGGAUCUCCACCCAAAGUCUUUGCUGGAAGUGAUGAUGAGCCAAGAUGAGUCUGUUUACUGCCAGUCAGAUGUAGAGCAUCAUAUGUCCUACCAAGUCAAUGCUUUCAGUGAACAGCAAGGUGAGACUGCGAGAUGCGGUGGCAGCCGGCAGAUGUUUGCUAAUAGAGAGACAGGGAAGUGCAACGGCAAAACAUCCAAAUGUGAUCCACUCUUAGCAACUCUAGACUCUCUAUCUCUGGAUGGAGAUGAGACCUGCUCCAACAACGAACUCUUCACUGCUUUGGAGAACCUGGGCCUGAAUGCUGAAGAAUUGGAACAUUUGCUGUUGGAUGAAGAAAUGAUCCAGGUAGAAGUGGAUCCUGGCCAUGUUUCAUCACUCUGUGACCUGACCAAUGAUGGAAUUAUUUCCUACUUUCAUGACUCAAUGGAGGUGGAGAAUGAAGAAGAAUGCGGCAAUGUAGCUAAAUGUGGCCCCUCAAGCCUUCCACCAGACUCCUCCCAAAGUUCCACCCAUGAGGUGAAGGCCGACUGUGAGCCAGCAACCUCUGCCACUACGUCUUUCAGUGGGCAGAACGCCACAGCACCUUCCCAGCAAAUGCAGCCCAUCAGUGAAGGUGGGCUUCAAUUUCCCUCUCGAAGUGUAGAUGCCAGCAUCCUCUCUGAGAUUCCAGACAACCACUGGAUGCUUUAUCCUGAAAAAACUCAUAACAACCACGUCAACCAUUCUCUUGUCAGGAGAUCCCAGGUAAAUAUGGAGCACAACGUCGUCUCACCUUUGGAGUCAAGUCAGCAGUUGAAGCUGAAGCAGCAACCACGUCAACAGGGAACCGACCAGUUUUUGUUACCUGGCAUGCAGACCGAGGAAAGAACCUUCAGGCCUGAUAAACACACUUUGCAUCUGCCUGAUGCGCUUGUUGACUCUACAGAUUGCAACAUCUCAAGCGUAUUCCAUGCAAGCAGAUCCGCUCUGAUCGGCACAAACUACCAGAGUUUGGUGGACUCUGUGCAACCACACACACUGCAGGGCCAGGACUUACACAAGCAACACAGUUCUGCUUUGCUUCUGGGUUUGUCCCAGGGUCCCCCACAGAGCCCCGCGAUGAAUCUGGAGCAGUUGGUGGCGCUGGCACAGCCUUCAGUCGAGGCCUACAGUCUGUUCAGCACCAACACACAGGCUAGAUAGAGGAUGGUUGCCUGCUCAGCGUUGCCAACACCACGUACAUCAGCAUCUGUCUCAUGUCGAACAGUAACAGAAAAGUGGCCGCAGAGGUCCCAGUCUCAUGCCCUGAUGGACUCCUAGAGACCCAGAAGUAAGGAUGUAUCCUCUAACAAGGAAGUAUGCCAACUUUUUAAGAAGUGAUUACGAUUCUUCUGCUUCCACGGAAUCAAUUUGUGCACAUCCAUUGUGACUUCAUCUUCUCAGAAGAAAAAUGCUCUUUACUGAAUCAGCAUCAAGGAUUAUUACUUGGUCAAGCACUUUUACAAACACACAAGUCACCACACCAAACACUGACUAAACUCUCAGUUCUGAGUGUUGCUGGGUCAGGUUUGGUUUUGGAAUUGGAUUGCAUUGCUAUGGUAUUGCUGUGUAUUGUUUUGUUGGAUUCAUUACAAAAAAAACAAAAAACGAUUUUUUUAAAAUGAGAAUCGAUUCGGAAUCGCGCAAAGUGAGAAUCGCGAUUGAAAUUCGAAUCGAUUUUUUCCCACACCCUUAAGAGAUUCCCCAAAAUGUUGUUGAAUACACCCUUUCUAUCUCCAUAUCUUCAAUUGUUAUGUGACGCUGUAUUUUAUUCUCCCUAUUUCCAAAAAUUAUAUAUUUUGUUUUAUUUAGGUUGAUUGAUAGUUUAUUGGCACCAAACCAUUGCUUUAAUAUGUGGAGUUCACUCUCUACAUUCUCCGGGAGACUGUAGAAAGUGAUAAUAAUCUAGAAUAAAUAAACGUUCAUGAGCUCCAAGACAAGAAAGCAGCUCACCAGUUGAUAUCAUAGUUUCCUCUCUGUGACAAUGUGCCACUAAAAAUAGCUCCUUAACAUUAGUGCUUAUGAUGACAAUAUGUGAAGUGAAGUGAAUUAUAUUUAUAUAGCGCUUUUCUCUAGUGACUCAAAGCGCUUUACAUAGUGAAACCCAAUAUCUAAGUUACAUUUAAACCAGUGUGUGUGGCACUGGGAGCAGGUGGGUAAAGUGUCUUGCCCAAGGACAAAACGGCAGUGACUAGGAUGGCGGAAGCGGGAAUCGAACCUGCAACCCUCAAGUUGCUGGCACGGCCACUCUACCAACCGAGCUAUACCGCCCGGUUGGUAUAAUAUUCAGUAAUACUUGCUGAAUAUUCAAGUCACAAAAUGUACAUGGAGUAGUAUUGGCGCUUUUUGGAUCUUAUUUAGAGAACUUUAUAUUUAAAAUAGAUGACUCCACAUUGGCUCCAUUGUGAGCAGACAUUUAUUUAUGUUUAUUAACAAGUUAGAAUGCAUUUAAAAAAAAAAAAAAGUGUUCUUAUGUCUCAUAAAGAUUGUGAAUUAUAGGCAAAACUUCCAAAAAGUGAAGUUCUCCUUAAAUGUUACCAAAUGCUUUUACAUGUUGUGCUUCCUGAUUUUGGACCUUUUUUUAAUGUGACGCACAAUGGUAUAUUUAAAAAAAUAUAUAUAUAUCUGUGUGCAUGAAAAUGUGUGUUGUUUUGCGAGCACUUAUUAAAAAAAGAUCACCAUGCACACAAAUUGUCUCG